AUGGAGCGUUUCGCUUGGCCUGAGAACCUCUCCUCAAGCCGCAAGCACGCGAUCCAGGAUCUCCUCCAUGACCAGAAUCCCACGAAGAAGCUCAGAGAUCUUUUCGACGCUCACUCUCAAACUGGCAAUAACACAGGGCAGCCCCUGUUCGCUGAAGAUCUGUUCUUCAACGUCCUCAGGUCGUUCGGCAACUCCAUAUCUGAAUCGAUGAGCGCGAGUCCGACGAGGUCUUGCAGCUCCCGACCAACGCCUGUGUCAGGUCCGAGUGCAUUUACAUCGAUGGAGCGUUUCGCUUGGCCUCAGAACCUUUCCACAAGCCGCAAGCGCAUGAUCGAGGAGAUCCUCCGAGCCCAGAAGUCCGUGGAGACGCUCCUAGACCUGUUCAACGCUCACUCCCAAGCUGGCAAUAACACACAGCUGCCCUCGUCUGCAGAAGAUCUGCUCGAAGACCUCGAGGAGUCGUUCGCCAACAGCCUAUCCUUAUUGGGGAUGGCCGAGUCCGACGAGGUCUCGACCAAAUCCUGUGUCAGAGGGACUUCGAAUACAUGGACAAGAUUGGACGACCACGAAUUUGUCUUCGACGGGUACUCAUGGAGAAAAUAUGCUCAAGAAGCGAUUCUCAAGUCGGAGUUCCCAAGGAACUACUACGGGUGCUCUCACAAAUUCGACCAAGGGUGUCAAGCGACCAAGCAGGUCCAGAAGAUAAAGGAUGACUCGCCUAUCUACAGGACUAUAUACCAAGGGCACCACACUUGCAAGUAG